AUGGGAAUACGACAUUCACUAUGGGGACCGAACGCAUCAAAAUGCGAAGACGGGAUCGAUUUGAUCAGUGACAUGCCGGAUUUUAUUCUUCUAUUGAUUCUUUCAGGUCUUCGAUUGACCAAAGAAGUAAUUCAAACCAUCAUUUUGUCCAGAAGAUUGAGGUAUUUGUGGACUUCAAUUCCCUCUCUAGACAUAUUUUAUCGCCAAGAUAAAUUAAAAGAAGACACAUUCAAAGAGUUUGUGUACUGGGUUUUAGCAAAUAGAUCCUUCGAUUUGGAUCGUUUUCGUUUAAGCUGCUAUUAUCACUACACAAGGUCGAAAUUAGGGCGGUGGAUUCACAUGGCUGUUACAAGAAACAUCAAAAAGCUUGACUUGAUGUUUUGCCCUAAGAAGGAGUCCGAGGAUAUCAAGGAUAUUGAGAUGCCUCAUUGUUUGGUGACUUGUCGUUCAUUGAAGGAUUUUUGUGGGCCGGAAUAUCGGGAGUUGGAUGAGACUGAAACACGGAGGAUCGUGGCUCCUGUUGUGAAGUGA